CCAUACCUCCAGCCGGACCUCGCCGUAUAAACAAAGGCGGAGAACCGCAGAGAGGAGGCUUUUCGACCAAUAUGGUGUCGCCGGUGACCGUGGUGAAGAGUGAAGGGCCUAAGCUUGUGCCCUUUUUCAAAGCCACCUGUGUUUAUUUCGUCCUCUGGCUGCCGACUUCCAGCCCUUCCUGGUUCAGCGCUCUCAUCAAGUGUCUGCCUAUCUUCUGCCUAUGGGUCUUCUUGCUGGCGCAUGGGAUCAAUUUCCUGAUGGCCCACCGCAGCGCUUGUAGGAUCUUAGCUGGCCUGAUGUUCUCAGCUCUGGGGGACGCCUUUCUCAUCUGGCAAGAACAAGGCUACUUUGUCCAUGGUUUGUUGAUGUUCGCUAUCACACACAUCCUAUAUUCCUCGGCAUUUGGGAUGAAGCCUUUGGACGUGAAAGCUGGCCUGGCGAUUGCCCUGGUGUCCAGCUUUGGCUACACCUUCCUAUAUUCCUACCUCUCGGGCCCGUUUACCUAUCUGGUAGCUGCCUACGUUGCCUUGAUAGGCUUCAUGGGCUGGCGGGCCAUGGCUGGUGUACAGCUGUGCAACGACCUUUGGACUUGGACCAAGCUCUCCGCUUGCAUCGGCUCCAUGCUUUUCAUGGUCUCCGACCUGACCAUCGCAGUCAACAAGUUUUGCUUUCCAGUGCCCUACUCGCGGGUCAUCAUCAUGGCCACAUACUAUGCAGCUCAGAUGCUGAUUGCACUUUCUGCCGUGGAGAGCCGGGAGGAAGAGAUCUUUAAAAAGAGGAAGUAG